AUCAAGAUGAAGACCUCUACGUUUCUCACCCUCGCCGUAGCUGGCAAGCUUGCCGCCGCCCAUGCUACCUUCCAGGAGAUACUCGUCAACGGCCAGUCGUCUGGCAGGACCGGUGUUCGCGGCUCUUCCAACGCAAACAACCCCAUUUACUCUACAUCUGGCAACCUCGCCUCCGAUAUGAUGAUCUGCAAGGGCGGCUCCAAGGUCUCUGGCACCGUCAACGUCAAGUCUGGCGACAAAGUCACGCUACAGUGGCACCACAACGACCCCUCAUCUGGAUCUGGAGACAAGGAUGAACCCAUCGCUCAAUCCCACAAGGGUCCCAUCAUCGUCUGGGUCGCCACUGCCGCCUCCGAAGGAAAGGGCAACGCCUGGGUCAAGAUCCAACAAUCCGGCCUCAACGGCGGUCGCUGGGCCGUCGACGACUUCAUCAGCUCUGGCGGCAAGAUCGAUGUCACCAUCCCCAACCUCGCUGCCGGAGACUACCUCCUCCGUUCCGAAAUCAUUGCUCUUCACGAAGCUAGCAAGUCUGGAGCCGCGCAAUUCUACAACGGCUGCGCACAAAUCAAGGUCACUUCCAGCGGAAGCCUGGCAAUCGGAAGCGGUGCCGCCAACAUCCAGAACGUAUACAGCUCCAGCGAUCCUGGCGUUCUCUUCAACAUCUACGGCGGAUCCUCGAGCUACCCGAUUCCCGGCCCAGCUGUCAACGCUGGCUUUGGAACAUCCAGCGGCGGUGGUAACGGUGGCAACGGUGGCAACGGUGGCGGCAGUGGUGGAGGCAGCGGAGGCACAGUCGCCAAGUACGGACAGUGCGGUGGAAGCGGAUACUCCGGUGCUACUCAGUGCGAAUCUGGCAGCACUUGCACGAAGGUCAACGACUACUACUCCCAGUGCUCUUAGAAACGUAAUUCACUUGGGGUGUUCUUG